AUGAAGAGCGGGGGGCAUGUUGUCUUGCCCAUAUUUUACAGGGUUGAACCGGCCCAUGUGCGACACCAAAUAGGGAGCUUUGGAGAGACUUUCUCCUAUUUAAGUGGGAAGUAUGUUGAGGAAGACGUAGCGAAAUGGAAACAAGCACUCCGAGAGGUGGCUUCCCUAAAGGGAUGGGAAUCAGAGAGAGCUGCUGACGGCGAUGAAGGAGAAUUGGUGAAAAUCGUCGUCAGAAAAGUUUUGAGCGAGUUAAAGAAGGCCUUUCAGCUGCUUGUUCCCGAACAACUUGUUGGAAUUGAUGAUGCUGUGGAGGAUAUCUUGAGAUUGCUGGAUGAUAAACUUGGUGCCACCCAAAUUGUUGGUAUUUAUGGAAUGGGGGGCAUUGGUAAGACAACUUUAGCCAAGGUCGUCUACAUCAAGCUCUCUGACCAAUUUUAG